AAAAAGCUGCUCAAAAGCUUCCUUUUCAAUAUCAAAAGUUUUAACAGUGUGAGAGAGUCUGCGAGUCUGUGACUGUGAGAAAGAAAGGGCGUGUUUGGUUGGCCAUGGACGCGGAAAGCAACCAGAAAUUACCAGUCUCUAGCUCUUCGCAGAGCCAAGAGAGGCUUAAGAAAGGCCCCAAAAUGACCAGGAAAGGAGCUUAUGCUGCCAUUUCCUACAUGGCUUCCGCAGUUCUCUUGAUAAUGUUCAACAAAGCAGCCCUGUCUUCAUACAAUUUCCCAUCUACAAAUGUCAUCACACUUUUCCAGAUGCUAUCAUCAUGUACAUUGCUUUAUGCAAUGAAAUGUUGGAAGAUUAUUUCUUUCACAACUGAACCACAGAUCACUACAAACAAUCCAGUAACUCUGAUACCAUUUAAGACGUUGGUUCACACUCUUCCUCUUGCAAUAUCCUAUUUGCUUUAUAUGUUGGUUACAAUGGCAUCAGUGCGUGGUAUAAAUGUUCCCAUGUACACCACCCUCAGACGGACUACAGUUGCUUUUACAAUGAUUGUUGAGUAUAUUUUGACAAGGCAGAAACAUUCAUAUCCUGUUGUGGGCAGUGUCGGGAUAAUUAUACUUGGCGCAGUUGUUGCCGGAGCUCGGGAUUUGUCAUUUGAUGCCUAUAGUUAUGGUGUUGUUUUUGUUGCAAAUAUCUGUACAGCAAUAUAUCUUGCUUCUAUAGCUCAUAUUGGUAAGUCCAGUGGUCUUAGUACCUUUGGCCUAAUGUGGUGCAACGGAAUAAUAUGUGGACCAAUCUUGCUGUUUUGGACCUCAAUCAGUGGUGACCUAGGAAGGAUGAUAAACUUCCCGCAUUUAUUCUCCCAUGGGUUUCAGGCUGUGAUGCUUUUUUCCUGUGUUAUGGCUUUUUCAAUAAAUUAUUGCGUAUUUUGGAAUACAACACUCAAUUCAGCUCUCACGCAGACAAUUUGUGGUAAUUUGAAGGAUCUUUUUACAGUUGGACUUGGCUGGUUACUGUUUGGUGGGCUCCCGUUUGAUUUGUUGAAUGUUGCUGGCCAAUCUCUUGGUUUUCUUGGGUCCUGUUUAUACGCUUACUGUAAACUCCAAGGGAAAUAAGAAGCAAGCAUGGCUGGCUGGUUGGCUGCAUCAAGUCUUUCCUUGAUAGAAGAGGUAAAGUGCUCCAAUGACUGGGAAUGGCUGCCUGCAUCAAAAUUUGAUUUGUAUCCUCAUGAGGAGGUUUCUUAAUGAAAAAUAGAUAUAGUUUCUUUAUUAGCUACUCUCAAAAGAUUAAAAAUUUAUCAAAUAUUUGCACAAGUUCAGAUUUCACCUAA